AUGAAGGCCGCCAUCGUCCAGUCUGCAGGCGCUCCUCCAGUGUACGGCGACAUUGACGCCCCCACCGCGACGGGUACCAAGGUCGUCGUCAACGUGACCGCCGCGGCCCUCAGCAGUCUCACCAAGAUGCGCGCAUCCGGCACACACUACAGCUCGACGAGCGCGUGCCCCUUCGUCCCGGGCUUUGACGGCGUGGGAACCGUCGCGGGCUCCGGCGAGCGCGUGUACUUUGCGUUCCCGGACGCUGCGUACGGCGCGCUGGGACAGCAGGCGCUCGUCGACAAGGCAUCGCUGCGCUCGAUCCCCGACGAUCUCGACGAUGUGACAGCCGCGUCAGUUGCCAACCCGGGCAUGUCGGCGUGGGCGUCCAUGGUCCACCGCGCCCACAUUGCCAAAGGCGAGACGGUGCUCAUCAAUGGCGCAACGGGCACGGCUGGCAAGCUUGCCAUCCAACUGGCCAAGGAGCUCGGCGCCGGCAAGGUCAUUGCGACGGCACGUAACGCCCAGCAGCUCGAGGAGCUCAAGGCCGUCGGUGCCGACGUCACGAUUGCGUUCAACCUCACCGACGGCGAGGCCGAGUUCAAGAAGGCUGUUGCGGCCGAGUUUAAGCAGAACGGCUGCAAGGGCAUCGACAUCAUCAUCGACUAUCUGUACGGCCCCUCGACUGAGGCCAUCCUCGCGUCCAUCCCGGGAAACCUCGCUGAUGGCCACCGCGUCCGCUACGUCAAUGUGGGCACGGCCGCCGGUGUUCCUGAGAUACCCAUUUCUGCCGCCCUACUGCGCUCGUCGGCGCUCGAACUCAUGGGCUCUGGCCUCAACAGCGUCACAGAGGCCACCCUCCUCGACUCGAUCGCCGAGGUCUUCAAGGUCGCGGCCAGGCUCAAGCUCGAUGUCGAUGCCACUUCCGUCCCCCUCAAGGACAUUUCCCAGGCGUGGGCUCAGAAGGGUGCCAAGCCCCGCCUCGUCGUUGUCAUGCAGUGA